CAGCUUGUUCUCGUCAACAGCAGGACACUGGCCGGGGACUACGAAGUCUGGGAUCUUAUCAGCAGCGACGGCGGCCACAAGGACCAGCAGGAUGGACAGUGACUUCAUAGUACCAGAGUAAGUGUAACAUCCAACAUGUUCACUACAGUCCUCACUGCCGCUCUCCUGGCCUGUGUUUCAGCUGACGGAAUUCCAAAUUUCGUCAAACCUGGCAAAUGUGCCUCAGUUGCUAACCAGGAUAACUUCGACCUCAGAAAGUAUGCUGGGCGAUGGUACCAGACCCACGUCAUCGAGAACCCAUAUCAGCCAGUAACUCGCUGCGUCCACUCAUACUAUGACUAUUCCGAGAGUGACUACGGCUUCAAGGUGACCACCGCCGGCUUCAACCCCAGCGACGAGUACCUUCAGGUGGACUUCAAGGUCUACCCAACUAAGGAGUUCCCAGCAGCUCACAUGCUCAUUGAUGCUCCCUCGGUGUUUGCUUCACCCUACGAAGUCAUCGCUACUGACUACGAAACUUACUCCUGCGUCUACUCCUGCGUCAGCACCGAUAACUACAAAGCAGAGUUCGGCUUCGUGUUCUCUCGUACUCCCCAGACCUCAGGACCUGCUGCCGAGAAGUGUGCCGCUGUCUUCAACAAGAACGGUGUUGAGUUCUCCAAGUUCGUACCUGUCUCCCAGACGGCUGAGUGUACCUACAGAGCUUAGUUUCUGCAUUAUUUCAUCAUACUUUUAUGGAGACCAGUCCACUAAUCAUGUAUUCUAUCAUUUUACCAAGAAUGAUGAACACAUGUCCAACCUGUGCAUAAUGAUGGAUCGCAGCUGAUUCUUCAACACUCAGUACUUGUGAUCUUUAGUGUCUAGAGUGAUUUAUGGAGACUUUUCGAAGGGAAAAUGCAAGAUUCUGUUUGUAUCUGUAUGUAAAUAGUUUGUAUCAAUAUAUAUAUAAA